GGGCCGAUUGAAGUUACACGUCUUGACAUUGGUGAAGAAUACCCUAUUUUUAGCAAUGCACGAAUACGACCGACUGAGACAAUGAGCAGAAUGAGAGUAGAACUUGAUUGUGAUUUCAGCGACCAAAUUACCCUUGGUGUAAACACUCAGAUACUUAUAAAUUGGCCAAAACCACGAAUAGCGGUAUUACCCAUUUCAUUAGUUCUUUCUAUCGUCAAGUUUGCUGCAACGAUCACUUUGGAAAUAAUGGUGAAUUCAGAAUCUUCCUUUAUCGUUGUCUCGUCGCUUCCGGAUUUCGUACUGGAAUUUAGCGUCCAGUCAUUAAUAGGUUCACGAUCAAAACUUGAAGACGUGCCCAAAAUCACACAUAUGAUUACGUCCAAAUUGCGAAAUGCAUUUUGUGAAAAAUUCGUGUAUCCAAACUCUACAAAAUUCCAAAUUCCAAAUUUGUGGGCACUACAUAAAAACCAGUGA